UAAAAAAGAUAUAAAGAAACGAGAAACAGAAACAGAGAGAGAGAGAGAGAGAGAGAGUUGGAAUUCAAAAUCGAACAUCAUUCUGGAAACGUUCACAGAGAAAAGGAAAAGUUUUUUAUUUGAAAGCUCCAUUAAUCCAUUGAUCUUCUCUGUAAACAGAGAACAACUGAUUUGAAGCCCUAGCCAUUGUCCAUCUAUGGCGUUCUUAUUGGCUUUCCCCCAAUUUUUCCGGCUUCUUUAAGAUUCUAAUCUUUACCCCUUUAAGUCGCCGCCGGGAAAUGGCCGAUAAGCCGCCGCCCGCAGAUGGGUUCUUAAUUCCGCCGCCGCCGGCUAGGGUUUCACUGUGUUCUCGGAGUCCCACAUAGGUUUGUUGUUGUUGUUGUUGUUGUUGUUGUUGUUGUUGUUGAGUUUUUCUUCUGAGGAGAUUUGUCCGAUCAAUCGGAGGCAUUUUUGAAGGAUUUUAGGUUUGUUGGGUUUGUUUUGUUUUGUCUUUUUUCCUUUUUUGGAGGGGGCUCAAUCGAAUUGAUGGCGAAGGGUGGGUUUUUUGUCGAUAAGAUUCGGAGAUUUUUAAGGACGUUGUUCUUUAUGGUGGCUAUGUUGGCGUCACUACUCGUGUCGUCGUUGCCUGUUCUCGUGGCCAUUGGAGACAUGUUGGUGCCUUGUAUUUUGAUCUCCAGUUUUACAUGUGUUAGAUGCUAUGGCUUCAAAGAGCAUUUGCAUCGAUACGCUUUCAAAAGCUCUUUGACUGAUAUCCCUUUCGUUUCGAUGAUCAGAUCUCUGAUUAUUAUCUGUGUUUAUUCAAUGUGUGAUGGCCCUGCGCUUUCAAAUGGUCCUUACCUUGGAACAGUGACUUUAUGUUCCUUCAUCUCCAUUCUUGUUCUUUCUAUCAAGGUUUGUGUCUUUACUGUAAACUCCCAGUUGGAGGCUGAAGCUUCAUCUUCACCCUCAAGGCAGAGGCUUCACUUAAAGAAAUCAUGGGGCAUGCCAGUUUUGUUUCUAUCUUCAGUAGCCUUUGCCCUCGGCCAUACGGUGGUAGCUUACAGAACAAGCUGCAGAGCACGUAGAAAGCUUCUAUUGCAUCGAGUUGACCCAGAAGCUGCCCUUUCUUGCAAAAAUGUUUUCUCUGGCUAUCAGAAGAUCCCUCGAUCUCCAACUCCUUCUGGGUCAAAAACCCCAAAAAGUGACAGUGAAAUCAAGUGGAAAGUUUCAGGUAAUGCCCGGGAUGAGAGUGAACUGCCGGUUAGAUUACUUGCUGAUAUAGAUAGUUUGUUCAUCAUAUGUCAAGGCCUUACCAUUCAUUACAAGAUCAGCUUGCCCGGGUCGCCACCGCGGUCGCUAUCCUCUGCUGCAUUUCUUGAACCCGGUUUUAGUUGCAACUCUCCAAAGAAGGCCAUGGGGAGGCCAGUAGUUGAUAGGCAUCCAUUUACCGUCUUAUCAAAAAACCAACACAACAUCCAUAGGAGCUAUAGCAAUCAGUUUCACAGUUCGUCUCUCUAUGACCCACUAUUAGAUGGCUCUGCAUCGAAUUCUCCUGUUCUUUGUGAUGAGAUUCCUGUGAUAAGUCUAGAUGAUGUUGAAGAAGAGGAAUUUGGCAAAUGUAGCUUAGAUGGAAACUUAGAGAAUAACGGGCAAUUUGGUAUCAUAUUGGUGCACGGUUUCGGAGGAGGAGUGUUCUCAUGGAGACAUGUGAUGGGGGUGCUUGCAAGGCAGACCGGUUGCAGAGUGGCUGCUUAUGAUCGGCCUGGUUGGGGAUUAACCUCUAGGCUCCGUGCUGAAGACUGGGAAGAAAAAGAAUUGCCUAAUCCCUACAAGCUUGAAAGUCAGGUGGAGCUACUGCUCGCAUUUUGCUCAGAAAUGGGGUUUACUUCAGUGGUGGUAGUGGGCCAUGAUGAUGGAGGACUGCUUGCUCUCAAGGCUGCGCAAAGGCUUCAAGAAUCACCAAUAAACUCAUUCAAUGUUUCCAUUAAAGGGGUUGUAUUGCUGAGCGUGAGCUUAUCAAGAGAAGUGGUUCCUGGGUUUGCAAGGAUUUUGCUAAGAACAUCACUGGGGAAGAAGCACCUGGUUCGGCCUCUGCUUCGCACAGAGAUAACUCAAGUUGUGAACCGACGUGCUUGGUAUGAUGCUACCAAGCUAACAACUGAGGUCUUAAAUCUCUAUAAGAAGGCGUUGUGUGUGGAAGGGUGGGAUGAAGCACUGCAUGAGAUAGCAAGAUUAUCGCACGAGACGGUACUUUCUCCUCAAAAUGCCGAAGCUUUGGUGAAGUCUCUUGAAGAGAUGCCUGUGCUGGUGGUCGGUGGUGUCGAAGAUGCUCUCGUCUCCCUCAAAUCUUCUCAAGUUAUGGCUUCCAAACUCCCGAAUUCGAGAUUGAUAACGAUAUCUGGAUGCGGACAUCUUCCACACGAGGAAUGCCCCAGCGCCUUACUUGCUGCACUCUCACCCUUCAUCACUAGAAUUCUUUUGCAAAAGCCUCAGUCCCACACCCCUCAAUAGGAACACCAAUAUCCACCAUCCCUUUUAGGUUUAACAAAAAAGAAAAGGAUAGACAAACACCCUUUCUUCUUCCCCCUUAUUUAAGAAUAUCACUCACCCACAAGAAAACUGGCAAAAAGGUCAUUUCUUUGGGUGACAGUUUUUGAGGUCCCUUUCCAAAAAGCCCAAAAAGGCUUUGUUGUAUGUAGAAGAAGACUGUUAUUUCCCACUCCGUGUUGUGGAGAUAACCUUAUAUUUGUACAUCUUUUUUCUUAGAUUAGAUUUUCCAAAACUCAAUCAAGAAAGGAAACUUAUCCAAA